UAGCGCGAGGUGGCGCCGCCGGCGACCGGCUGCCUCGCUCGCGGCACUUGGGACUCUUCGGGUGCCUCUCGGGCCCACCCAGUCCCUGGGCCUCCCUGUGGACAGCGCGUGCCCCCAGCUGCGCCGGCCCCUCGGCCUGCCGCGUCCUCACGUGCCGAGGCCGCCGCAGUGACCCCGCCCCCGGGCCGAGGAUGUGAGACGGGCCGGGCGUCCCCGCACCGGGCCCGGGCGCCGGGAGUGGGCGGCUGGGCUGGGCUGGCGAUGGCCCUGCUGCCGGUGCUCCUCGCCGCCUGGGGUCUGGGGCAGUGAGGGCCGGCGGGGGCGAAGGGGCCGCGGGCGCCAUGGAGGGGGUGCUGUACAAGUGGACCAACUAUCUGAGCGGUUGGCAGCCUCGAUGGUUCCUUCUCUGUGGAGGGAUAUUAUCCUAUUAUGAUUCUCCUGAAGAUGCCUGGAAAGGUUGCAAAGGGAGUAUCCAAAUGGCGGUCUGUGAAAUUCAAGUUCAUUCUGUAGAUAACACACGCAUGGACCUGAUAAUCCCUGGGGAACAGUAUUUCUACCUGAAGGCCAGAAGUGUGGCUGAGAGACAGCGGUGGCUGGUAGCCCUGGGGUCAGCCAAGGCUUGCCUCACAGACAGUAGGACCCAGAAGGAAAAAGAGUUUGCUGAAAACACUGAAAACUUGAAAACGAAAAUGUCAGAACUAAGACUCUACUGUGACCUCCUUGUUCAGCAAGUAGAUAAAACAAAAGAAGUGACCACAACCGGUGUGUCCAGUUCCGAGGAGGGAAUUGAUGUGGGAACCCUGCUGAAAUCAACCUGCAAUACUUUUCUGAAGACUUUGGAAGAAUGCAUGCAGAUCGCAAAUGCAGCCUUCACCUCUGAGCUUCUCUAUCGCACGCCCCCAGGAUCACCACAGCUGGCCAUGCUCAAGUCCAACAAGAUGAAACAUCCUAUUGUACCGAUUCAUAAUUCAUUGGAAAGGCAAAUGGAGUUAAACAAUUGUGAAAAUGGGUCUUUAAAUAUGGAAAUAAAUGAUGAUGAAGAAAUCCUAAGGAAAAACAAGACCUCCUUACAUUUGAAACCUGCAGAGAUAGAUUGUAGCAUAUCAAGUGAAGAAAAUACAGAUGAUAAUAUAACAGUCCAAGGUGAAAUAAUGAAGGAAGAUGGAGAGGGAAACCUGGGAAAUCAUGACAGCAGCUUGGCACAGCCUGGAUCAGACUCCUUGAGUAGCUCUCCAGAAUCCCACUGGGAAGAAGGCCAAGAAGUUAUCCCAACUUUCUUUAGUACCAUGAACACCAGCUUUAGUGACAUUGAACUUCUUGAAGACAGUGGCAUUCCCACAGAAGCAUUCUUGGCAUCAUGUUAUGCUGUGGUUCCAGUAUUAGACAAACUUGGCCCUACGGUGUUUGCUCCUGUUAAAAUGGAUCUUGUUGGAAAUAUUAAGAAAGUGAAUCAGAAGUACAUAACCAACAAGGCAAAGUUUACCACCCUCCAGAAGAUAGUGCUGCACGAAGUGGAGGCUGAUGUAGCCCAGGUCAGGAACUCGGCUACAGAAGCCCUCUUGUGGCUGAAGAGAGGUCUCAAAUUUUUGAAGGGAUUUUUGACAGAAGUCAAAAAUGGAGAAAAGGACAUCCAGACAGCCUUGAUGGCAGAGCUGAGACCGGGAUCUGAGAAGAUCAUCCUGUAUCUCCAGCAUCCUAAUGCAGUGACUGGAACUUUGUAGAUGCUUAGUAAACUUUGGCUGGAUGAGUGGAUAGAGGGAUGGAUUGAUGCAUCUAUCAGACCAGUUUUGGAAAACAUUAAAAACUUGGAAGCAUCCUCAUAGUGCUCCUAACAGAGUGGCUGAACUCUCACUCUUGACCUGCAGGAAAUUCUUCCAGCAUGGGCCUUGAGGCAUGGGGGAGCCUGGAGGGGUAGAGAAUGAAAUUCCUCUUACUUUAAAGCCCUGUAUAUUGUUAUGAUAUAGAGAAGCACUUGGUCCAGCU